AUGGCCCCCAGCGCCCUCUGGAGCUGCUACCUCUGCUGUCUGCUGACCGCCUCUGCCGGGGCGGCCAGCUACUCUCCUCGUGGCUACAGCCUGUACACUGGGGGUGGCGGGGCUCUCAGCCCAGGGGGGCCCCAAGCCCAGAGCGCCACUCGGCCUGCAAGCAGACACAGGAACUGGUGUGCCUACGUGGUGACCCGGACAGUGAGCUGUGUCCUUGAGGAUGGAGUGGAGACGUUUGUCAAGCCCGACUACCAGCCAUGUGGCUGGGGCCAGUCCCAAUGUCCCCGCACCAUCAUGUACCGCAGCUUCGUCCGUCCCCGCUAUCGGGUGGCCUACAAGACAGUGACAGAUAUGGAGUGGCGGUGCUGUCAGGGUUAUGGGGGCGAUGACUGUAGUGAGGGUCCUGCCCCAGCGCUGGGUCCUGCACCUCCUACACCUCCUACACCUCGCCCUCGGCCCCGGCCCGUCCGCCCUAACCUCUCUGGCUCCAGUGCAGGCAGCCACCUCAGUGGACUCGGGGGAGAAGGUCCGCGGGAGUCAGAGAAAGUGCAGCAGCUGGAGGAGCAGGUGCAGAGCCUAACAAAGGAGCUGCAAGGCCUUCGGGGGACCUUACAGGGACUGAGUGGGCGCUUGGCAGAAGAUGUCCAGAAGGCUGUGGAGACAGCCUUCAAUGGGAGGCAGCAGCCAGCAGACGCGGCCGCCCGGCCUGGCGUGCAUGAAACACUAAAUGAGAUCCAGCACCAGCUGCAGCUCCUGGACAACCGUGUCUCCACCCAUGACCAGGAGCUGGGUCAUCUCAACAACCAUCAUGGUGGUGGUGGGGGGGGCAGCAGCACCCUGGACUCAGCCCCGGCCUCUCCUGGCCAGAGCGAGGAGCUGCUUCGGGAGCUGGAGCGGCGUGUGCAGGAGUCCUGCUCUGUGUGCCUGACAGGGUUGGAUGGCUUCCGUCGGCAGCAGCAGGAAGAGCGGGAGCGGCUUCGAGGGCUGGAGAAACUGCUGGCCUCGGUGGAGGAGAGGCAGCGACAGCUGGCCGGGGCCCUGAGCCGCAGGCCCUCUCAGGAAUGUUGCCCUCCGGAGCUGGGCCGGCGACUGGCAGAACUGGAGCGGAGGCUGGAUGUUGUGUCAGGCUCAGUGACAGUGCUGAGUGGCCGUCGGGGCACUGAGCUAGGAGGAGCAGCUGGGCAGGGGGGCUACCCACCAGGUUACACCAGCUUAGCCUCUCGCCUCACUCGCCUGGAGGACCGAUUCAACUCCACCCUGGGCUCUUCAGAGAACCAGGAAUUGGGCUGGCCUGGGGCUCCUGGAGGCCUGAGCCAUUGGCUGCCUGCUGCCCGGGGCCAACUAGAGAAGCUGGAGGGGCUGCUGGCUAAUGUGAGUGGGGAGAUGGGUGAGCGGCUGGAUCUGCUGGAAGAACAGGUGGCAGGGGCUGUGCAGGCUUGUGGACAGCUCUGCUCUGGGGCCUCUGCGGAGCAGGACUCCCAGUUGAGCAAGAUCAUCAGUGCCUUGGAGCGCAGGGUGCUGGACAGCGAAGGGCAGCUGCAGCUGGUGGGCUCAAGCCUGAACAAGGUGACAGCAGCCGGUGAGGCCAGGCAGGUCAUGCUGGAGGAUUUACAAGGGGCCAUGGGCCGGCUCCAGGAUCGAGUGGAUGCCCAGGAUGUGACAGCUGCAGAGUUUGCGCUGCAGCUCAAUCUCACAGCUACUCGCCUGGGCCAGCUGGAGAGUCUGCUGCAGGCCCGUGGGGAGGAAGGCUGUGGGGCCUGCGGCGGUGUCCAGGAGGAGCUGGGCCGCCUUCGGGAUGGUGUGGAGCGCUGCUCCUGUCCCCUGCUACCCCCACGGGGCCCUGGGGCUGGCCCAGGUGUUGGGGGACCGAGCCGAGGGCCACUGGAUGGCUUCAGCGUGUUUGGGGGCAGCUCCGGUUCAGCUCUGCAGGCCCUACAAGGAGAGCUCUCUGAGGUCAUUCUCACCUUCAGCUCUCUCAAUGACUCGCUGCAUGAACUCCAGGCCACUGUGGAGGGCCAGGGUGCCGAUCUGGCUGACCUGGGAGCCACCAAAGACCGCAUCAUCUCUGAGAUUAACAGGCUACAACAGGAGGCCACAGAGCAUGCCACAGAGAGUGAGGAGCGCUUCCGAGGCCUGGAAGAGGGACAGCCACAGGCUGGCCAGUGCCCUAGCCUAGAGGGCAGGUUGGGCCGUCUUGAGGGAGUCUGUGAAAGGUUGGACACUGUGGCAGGGGGUCUGCAGGGCCUUCGAGAGGGCCUCUCAAAGCAUGUAGCUGGGCUCUGGGCUGGGCUUCGGGAAACCAACAGCACCAGCCAGACACAGGCGGCCCUCCUGGAGAAGCUGCUGGGAGGGCAGGCGGGCCUGGGCAGACGGCUCGGUGCCCUCAACAGCUCCCUGCUGCUCCUGGAGGAGCAGCUGCACCAGCUCAGCCUGGCAGAUCUCACUGGACCAGCAGGUGAGGUUGGACCCCCAGGGCCUCCUGGGAUGCAGGGGCCUCCAGGCCCAGCUGGACCCCCAGGACGUCCAGGCAAAGAUGGACAGGAGGGACCUGCUGGACCACCAGGUCCCCAAGGUGAACAGGGUGUAGAGGGAGCACCGGCAGUCUCUCUGCCCCGGGUGGCUUUUUCAGCUGCCCUGAGUUUGCCUCGCUCGGAACCAGGCACAGUCCCCUUCGACAGGGUCUUGGUCAACGAUGGAGGCUACUAUGAUCCAGAAACUGGCGUGUUCACGGCGCCGCUGGCCGGACGCUACUUGCUGAGCGCUGUGUUGACCGGGCACCGGCACGAGAAGGUGGAAGCCGUGCUGUCGCGCUCCAACCUGGGCGUGGCGCGCAUCGACUCCGGGGGCUACGAGCCCGAGGGCCUGGAGAACAAGCCGGUGGCCGAGAGCCAGCCUAGCCCGGGCGCGCUGGGCGUCUUCAGCCUCAUCCUGCCGCUGCAGGCCGGGGACACCGUCUGCAUCGACCUGGUCAUGGGGCAACUGGCGCACUCCGAGGAGCCGCUCACCAUCUUCAGCGGAGCCCUGCUCUACGGGGACCUGGAGCUCGAACAGGAGUAA